CCGUUAAUAGUGACUUAUCAAACUUUACAACUCCUGCGCUAUCUCUAUAAUACUCCUGUAGGGAUUCACACCCUGUGAUAGCAACCUCAACAUACUUUUAUGGCACUUUUUUUAAUCACCUCUUUUCUUUACGUCUGUAUUCCUACACUUCAUGUGUGCAUCGGCAAUCUUUGGCUUCAGCAUUUGGGACUUGUGACACUUAUUUUUUAAUUUUUUAAAAUUAUUAUUAUUUUUAAAAGUAGGAUAAGUGCAGCUCUUUUAGGGGCCUCACUCUCUCUUCCCUCGCUUGCUUUCUGUGUGUCUGAGUGUGUUUGGAGAGGCUGAUCUUGCGCGUAAAACAUCCCUGAUAUUUGAGGCGCUCCAGGGAUUUAGCGAGCAUGCCCAGUGCGCCUCUCUCCGCGGCAGAGGAAACCACUGGUGCAGCAUAGGAGUCAUACCAAGCAUAGCCUGCGUGUCAGUGCAGUCGACUUACAGCUGGCUGUGAGGAGAACUGACGCUACUCUUUUUUGUGUGUAUUUGCUCUUUAUCACCGCGAUACGUUCACCCGCAUUUAAAACAACAACAAAAGUAUCUCAAACUUGUUAGAAUAACUGCGGAUAUCCGGUUUCUCUCCUCUCUGCGGGGUUUUAUUUUUCAUUACACGAACUAAAGUUGGAGGCUGGGCCUUUAGCUUUUUUUUUUUUUUUUUGACCAUCGCCAGAGAAGAGAAGAGAAGAGACGAGAAGAGGAGAAAAAAAGCUGGCCUUUUUUCCCUUAAAAACUCGAUAAAUGCUACUAACGAAAAUGGACCUGUUGAACUACCAGUACCUGGACAAAAUGAACAACAACAUCGGCAUCCUCUGCUACGAAGGUAAAAGUGAAGCAGCUUUGAGAGUGGACCCCAGACUCCAGUCCCUGUCUUUAUCCUCGUCCUCCUCCUCCUCAUCCUCUUCUUCUUCGUCGUCAUCCUCAUCAUCUUCCAUCUCCAGCCACAGGACAGGUCCUCCUCCCAUCAGCCCCACCAAGAGGAAGCUGAGCGGGGACCAGGGGGACAGCGACAUGGACGACAACGAGCAUGUGGCAAAGAUGAGCCGACUGUUUGCUGCACAGCUGAAGCCUAAUGGAGACUACCGCAGCUCCCCCCUCUCCAAGGACCGCAGCCGGAGCCCCAUUGAGCGUGUGGUGGUGCCCAGCCCUCUUGGAGUCCACAGCAACCACCUGUUCAGCCAUGCCCACCACCACCAUCACCACCUGGCCAGCUUAGCCGGCAUGGACCAGCCACUGGCACUCACCAAAAACAGCAUGGUGGAGUCUGCACGCAGCAGCACAGCAGUUAUGGCCACCGUGCCGCACACAGUCAGCGCCGUUGAGCGCCAACAGAAUCGUCCUUCAGUGAUCACAUGCGCCCCUGCCAACAACCGCAACUGCAACCUGUCUCACUGUCCAGUCUCCCACAAUGGCUGCUCAAGCCUCUCUAACAACUACAGGAGAAUCAACACCAACACAGCCUGUGACCCGGUGAUCGAGGAGCAUUUCCGCCGCAGUCUUGGGAAGAACUACAAGGAGCCCGAACCCACCGCCACCAACUCGGUGUCCAUCACAGGCUCGGUGGACGACCACUUCGCCAAGGCACUGGGCGAGACCUGGCUGCAGAUCAAAAACAAGGGGAGUCCCUCGUCGUCCGGCAGCAGCCCAAACUCCUCCCCCGACAGUCACAUGGUCAAUCACAACCACUCCCCUUCUGUGGUCUCCUGAAGGAGGAGGAGCUUAAGAGGGAUUUGCCCCCACUCCCCCCUCCGCCCCACCCCAACCACCUCCCGGUUCCAACACCCAUGCCCCCAUCACUUUGGUCUGUCACCAGCAUCCCCGAGGGAAUGCCUGCCUGCUGGUCUGCUAAAAACAUCCAAACCCCUCAAGCCUGCUCUCUCUUUCUAUGCACUCACAGAGGAUCAACCAAGCAAUAACAACAAAGUCUUUUUAUCCUCCUUUGCUCUGGUGUGACAGUGCCAGACAAUAAUCCGCAAUGAGCGAUGAGGGUUGGACUUUGGGACUUGACUGGAGCAUCACACUGCUCCCACCAAUCAUUCAUCACCCCUGCAUGUCAAGCUUUGGAGCUGAGCAAGCGUCUGUAGUUAUAUGUACAUACAGAGAGAGAGGAAAGGCGGUGUUUUAAUUAUUAAUUUUUCUUCAUUGUUUUUUUUUUUUGUUUGUUUCUUUAACAGUAGUUUUGUGUAAUGCUUUUGCGUUAUGAGAUGCCCGACGUUUGAAAGAAAAGAUAAGUGACAAACACUUUGGAGAAAAUAAUCACAAACCACCUGACUGUGCUACCAAAGAAACCUCAGCCACUGAUGCUUAUCAAAGCCCAGUUUGAAAAACAAAACAACAAAAAGCCAUUCUGUGAUCUCCUCCCUCUGUUUUCACUCUCUCACCCUCCUUCUCCCCCCCCUCUGUCCUGCGUAUGUGAUCUGGUGGUUCUGUUACUGUAUGUGUACACUCAGUGAUCGACUCGGUCUGAUUUGCACUACUGCCGUAGAGGGUAAAGGGUGGCAUGUCAAUACUGUAAUCAGGCAGUGCACACACUGGGGCUGAUAAAGCUGACUUUGACGCAAUCUGAUAUAGUCCAUCUUUUGUUGGAACCCUUUAUUUGAUUUCCCAUUAAGGUUUUUUUUUUUUUUUCAUUUUUUUCUUUAAAAAUCUACAUGGGAAUCAUUUAAUCUUGGCCCUGACAGAAAAGUAUAAGCCCCAUUGUUAUGCAUUAUUUAUAGAAUGCAUUUUUGAUACAUUGAAAAUACAUACCACUGAGGAUGGGCAGUAUCAAAUGUUAGACAUAUGCGAAAGUAUUUCUGAUUUGGAUACCGUGUGCUUAUGUGUGCAUUGCAUGGUUUAAAAAAAAGGUGGGGCAAAACAAAGGUUCAUUGUAAUGCCACAUCUGGCAACCACUGCAGGUCUGGCAAUCUCAAACCAAGCUAUCGAUGGAGCAACUUUUUUAGGUGAGGAUUAAACAAUGUGAGGGUAUGAAUAAAGUGGCAACUUCCCAUGAUGAUUUAUGUGUGAUCAUACAUAUGCAGGAAGACGCAAGACAGAAUUUAAAGGUCCCACAACUUUGUUCAUCUCAAAACUUUAUGAUUUAUGAGGAAAAAACGUAUGAAUCCUCUUGAUCCAAAAUGAAUUUGGUUUGCAAAUAGACCAUACUGCCCAGCCCUUACAUACCAGCUCUACUGCAUGAUGUGAACAACUACACAAGCAGUUUCUUAAUUCAUUGGUGUUGAUUGGUGUCAGAGAUUAGAUUAGAUAAAUAUAUUGCUGCCCCAGUAAAGACGAACAAAACUACUUCAGCCACUUCAGUCAUGUUAAAAGCACAGUUGGGUUUAUCAAGUCAGCUAAUUGAAGGAGAUUAGGACUGAAGCCAGUCGUUGGAACCUGCAGUGUGUUGAGGGUUGUGCUCUGCUGAACAUUGUCCUUUGAUGUGUUUCAUGGGCUUAAAUGUUGACAGUGAUGAGGGGAUAGACGACGCUGCACGUCACUUUGUGGUCGGUGGGCGGGGGGAGAAAAAAAGUCUGGUUUGUAGACUGGGGGAGAGAAGAUUAUUCAGAUCUCUUCAAACACGCCUUUGUUUUUUGUAACUCUUUGAACACAGGUGUUGUAAUUAUAUUUGGCUUACACAUCCUGCUCUCCUGCCCUCUCCUACACACUGUGGUUUGGUAGAUUUCAACAAGGUUUGAAGGGUAAACUAAUGCUUUUACAGAUGCAUGUUUUUUUUGUUUUGUUUUGUUUUUAAUAGCUGGUAUCUAUUAAUGUUUUUAAGCAUUUCAAUCUUAACUACUAUUAGCCUUUUCAUUUGGACGUUAGUUGUUACUUCUUUCAUUGUCAGUAACAGACAUAGACACUAUACACUCACUGCUGGGUCAGUUUUACUCCAUAUUAUUAUUGUUAUUGUUAUUAUUACAAUUUUGUAUUGUUGUUUUCCAUUAAUAUCAGUAUGGUAACAAACAUCUAUAGUGGGACAGCCUCCGGACAGGCUCUGUUUAAACGAUGAGAGCGGCGUUUCUCAAAUCCAUCUCGCCAACGGCGAUUGAUCAGCUCAUUGCUGCAGCAGCAGAGCAGUGACAGUUCUGGUGUCGACUUGGCUUUGGGAUUCACAGCUCAUAAAAGGUUCUCUUAAGAUGUUGAUCCAUCGGUGGUACAGGAUGCUACAACCUUCAGCGUGACUAAGCUGAGACACCAAAUUGGCACAAAAUUGUCAGCAGGGCCUUGUUUUUCCCCAAAAGCACCUUUUAUUUGUCUGAGCACCACCUUCUCUGAAAAAUACUUUGAACAGCACAUGCUAACACGCUAUGAUACUUUUGGGAAAAAAGGCAUUGUCAUGAUGACGGCUGUAAAACAUCCAGACAAUGUUUUGGAGUUGUGGCAUACCUUGCAGAGUUGGUAGCAAACGAAAAGAAAACAUUUGGCUGAUCAUUUGGUGCUGAUGUCACAGCUCUUUAAACCGUCAUCAGUUGACCGUUUGUGCCCUGGCUUGGUGUCCAGACUUAAUUUUUGUUGUUGUAUUUCAAUGCUUCAUUAUAUUGUAGCUGCAGUUAAGCUAGACUGCUGCAGUCUGAGAGAAUGAUCCUAACUCUGUAAAUCAAGCCUGCGCCAAGGUGGCAUACAUUCCUCCUAUAGGGAACUUCGUACAGGCCUCAUACACACUCAGUAUCUCCGCAUCAUCAGAGAGAGAGCUAAGAACCAGACAGGACUAACUGUCCCAGAGGUCCCUGCCCAUAGGGAUUUGCGUGUGUCUAUACCGGAUUUACAAGGUGUCCACGCGUCAAGCAAAAUGGCCAUAAAUCCAUACAGUAUGAUAACAUUUUUAUGGACAUUCAGAGCAUACAAUUAAGAGAACAGUGGAUAUUGAAAAAGUAGCAGACUUAUAUCAUCAUGUUAUGUUUUUGUUUGGUCUUGGUCUUUUUAAAAUUUUUUUUAUCAAGCAUAACAAAAUACCAUUACAAAGUUCUCCAACGGAACACUUUCUCAGUGUACUAGAAUGCCCACACACAUUCCAUCCCCAACUAUCACAUCAGACGUGAAAGUUCUAGACUCUUGGGGGAGGUUCUAGAAUGUCCAGAUGCGCAGAAGAAAAACGAGAAUCGUAAACACAGCUGUCAGUGCAUUCAUUUCCUUAACAAAUUCGUACUUGCCAAUCAAAAUGUGCUAUCUGAGACAGGUUUGGUGAUCUUCAGCAGGCCUGUGUUGGGAGGGGGUGGCAGAACUUCAGGAGCUGAGCUUCUGUAAGAGCAUCCUGUGUGCCGCGAGACGUUCAGCUGCCACUGAAAGUCUUUUCAAGGUCUCACAGUGACGCCGCCCCCCCCUCCUCUCAGAUUUAGUUGACCCUGAUUCAGAUUUGGAUGUAGAACAUGUUAGAAAACACGAGGGAAAGGGGCUCAGUGUCCAGAGGAUUUUGUUUUUCUAUUAUUAUUCUUUCUCAUUAUCAUUUCACUUCCACCCUGUAGGUAGGAGGCUCUCUUUCUGCCUCGGCACACACUCCCUACACACUGUAGGAAAAUCACUUAAUAAAAACAAAAAAAAUCUUUUUUAUAAUAGGUAACUAUAAGACCAUCAUUACGCUGUGCGUAAGGAAUGUACAGAGAAAAAAAUCGUAGGUAUUUUUUGAGGAACAAUUAAUUUGUUAAUGAUAUGUAGCUAUUUAAUUGUUGGUUUUCCCUGUCCUUAUAUUGUAAUCAUUGCAUUUUCUUUUUUUUGUGAAAAAAGUUGAUCUUUUUUGUUUAUAGUUUGUCUUGUCUGUUAGAGUAAAGGUUCAAGUGCAGGAACACAGCAAACGUAUGAAACCACAACAAGCCACUGGUGUGUCGGUGACAAUCGCUACUUCCAUUGGUCCCCGAUGUUCUGCAAUCAUUGAACUUGUGUUCGAUCACGUGACUUUUGAGACACCUGAACAAAUGUUUCAGUCGCGAGCAAAAAGAUUCUGUUGGAGGCCUUUCGACCAAUUUGCAUGUUUUGCAUUGAUGGAACACAAACACUUUGCCUCUAGCCCAGUGAGUCUUGCUGGCCAUUUCCAUUCAAUUAUGAAAAUAACAUAAAAUUCAACAUUAGUGAUGGGCUAGCAGGCAGGUAAAAUUUUCCACCACAGCAUGCAGUACACAUGGAUUUGGAUUUUCAAGGUUUUUUGAUGCUGAGAGAACAUUUGGCAGACUGGUUUAACUUCACCGAAAUCAAAACAACCUGACAACAUUUCCUUACACAUUUGUGCAAAUGAAAUGUAUGGACGUCACCUCGUGUCUGUUGUCACUGUUCACCCAUCUGUGGUGCCAUUUUGCAUCUGUAAUCAAAUGAACAACAUGAAAUUUGUGCAGAUAAAUUAAAGAGAAGUCGGUCUUUACUCUUGACUGCACCACAUUUCCUUUUUGAAGUGGAAGUAGCCUGUACUUAGUGGUAGUAAUACUCUGAACUGUAAGAAAAAAAAAAAAAGAAAACUGUAUCACGAAAACAGUCAAUUUGUGGCUCUGUGUCUCCUCCUACUAAAAAGGUUUUGGCAGGCCACCUUUUUUGUACGUAAAAUAGCCCUGAUGAACAAUAAAAUGCUUUUAAACCAC